AUGGCUGCUAUUAAUCAAUGGUCACUUGAUCAAUUAGAUAUUAAAAACGCCUUUUUACAUGGAAAAUUAGAUAAGGAAGUACAUAUGGACCAAUCUCCAGGUUUUACCAUUCCUGGAAAUUCUAGACUUCUGUGUCGGCUUCGUCGGUCUCUUUAUGGGCUAAAACAAUCUCCAUGUGCUUGGUUUGGUCGCUUCAGCUCUGCCUUGAUACAGUUUGCUUCUUCCGGGUUAGGGGGAUUUGUUGAAAGACCCGGUAAGAAUCGAUGUCUAGUGGGUAGACUCGAUUAUCUUACCGUCACCAAACCGGAUAUUACUUUUGCAGUGAGCAUUGUGAGUCAAUUUCUGAAUGCUCUUUGUGAUACUCAUUGGAAUGCAGUUAUUCAGAUUCUCAGAUAUAUAAAGAAUGCACCAGGAAGAGGCCUAUUAUAUGAAGAUAAUGUUGAUGCUAAAAUCACGUGUUAUUUUGAUGCAGAUUGGGCAGGAUCACCGUCGGAUAAGAGAUCCACUUUCGGAUAUUGUAUUCUUAUUGGAGAAAAUAUGAUUUCAUGGAAGAGCAAGAAACAAACACAGUUGCACUAUCUAGUGUAG